AUGCCGAGGAAGGAAAGGCGGUCGGGUGUCGUGUACAUCGAGAAUGAUGAACAGCGCAGCGUCACCUUCUCCAAGAGACGUCUAGGUCUAUUCAAGGGUGCUAGUGACCUAGCUGCUGUCACAGGCGUGAGGGUUGCUAUCGUCCUUGAGACAGACAGCAGAAAAAUGCACUCAUUUGGAACCCCAUCAGCUGACCCCAUUAUUCAUGCCUUCCUGUCAGGAGUUCCACCUCCAGAGCCAUUGACUGAUGAGGCGAAGAAAACCAGGAUUUCAUGGCUGCAGAGGGAGGUGUCUCGUUUGGAUAGAGAGAACAACGUGGAGGAAAAGAGAAAAAAACAGUCUGCUCAGUGUAUCAAGGAGAUCCAACAAGAGAAUCCAGUCAUGGUGGCAAAUCAUCUCUUCUCCAAGGACGAAGAUCUCAAUCUUGAAGAUCUGACCAAGCUCUUCAAUGAACUCUUGCAUGUUCAGCAAGGUACUGGAGGUCGUCUACCUCCACUUGAUCAUGGUCAUGAACAAAUGACUGGUGAUUCAAGCGUGUCACUGAACCUAGUACCACCAAGUAGUGCUCCGCCAUGGGGUAGCGCUGAGACUCCUCCUUCGCUGCUGCAUCCAUUGGGGUCUCACCUACUUCCACAUCAAUCAUUGACUCCGGUUCUGCCACCAUCAGUACCACAAAACAAGGUUGCACCACCUUUUUCUGUGCAGGUACCACGAAUGUUGCAGCCCACACCACUGGCUUCAACGCCACCAACUCCUUAUCAACUACAUGAGUUACCUCCAUCGCUGGAGUUACCUCUUCAGAACUAUACAAGUCCUUACAACGUUAACACAAUGGAUCCAGUUCAGAACAACACAGGUCCUAACUCAACCUUUCAGGUCUACUCCGGUGGUAAUGACUUUGUUGGCGAUGAUCCGUUUGGAUAUGAUCAAUGGGCAUAUGUUCUUUCUGAUCAGCCGCGCGAGAGAUUCCUAGACACGGAUAGUUACUUGGGUUAUCAAUCUACUGAUUUAGGCCAAGUUCACAUGGGGAAUGAUGGAUUGAUUGAUGGCCUGGCGCAAUCUUCUUCUAGCGGGGAAGAUGGUGAUGUUGGCACAGCAUAAGAGGGACUUCAUUAGGUUCUAGUUAAUGAUGCCAUCGUAAUGCUAUUUUACAGAAAUAGCUAGUUAUGCUUCCAUUAGUUAAAAUGUUUUCCAUUUAGGCUAUUUCUUUUAUGUAAUACCUUCAAGGCAACAAUAUACAUGUUAAGUUGGAUAUU